GGCCUUUCUGGCGGCAACCAUGUCAAACUUGGAACAGCAAUGGCUUCGCGAGACGAGUCCGCGCCGCUGCUGGCCAAGUACGCGCAAAGCGACGUCGCGCGCGACGAGUUCCGCCACGUACUGCUGCUCUCCGGACCGCUUGUGCUCACGGCCAUCUGCGAGUACGUCGCGAAUAGCGUCAACGCCAUGUACACGGGCCACCUCACGUCCGAGAGCGCGACCGUCCAGCUGCUCCUCGCCUCGAACGGGCUCGCGUACCUCUUCUACGUGCUUUUGCUCUACAGCCUCGCGAUCGGUGUGUGCACCGCACUGGAUGCGAUGUGUGCCCAAGCCUACGGCCGCCACGCGGUCAGCGACAUCCUCGUCUUGCUCCAGACCGCCGUCCUCUGCAGCGCGGUCCUCUGCGUGCCCAUGGCGCUCCUCUGCCUCUUUGCCGAAUCCAUCUUUGGCUUCCUCGGCCAACCAGCCGAGACCGCGGCGGUCACCGCCGACCUCCUCUACUACAUGAUGUUUGGCGUGCCCUUCGUCUUUGGCUACGAGAUCAACAAGCGCAUUCUCCAGAGCCAAAACGUCGUGUACCCUGCGGUGAUUGCCGGUGUUGCUGGCAACCUAGUCAACGCGGUCGCUGCGUAUGGCCUCAUGUUCCACACCUCCUUGGGCUAUAAGGGCAGUGCCGUCGCCUUCUCGCUCGCAUCCGCGACCUACUGCGGCGUGACGUCCUUCUUUGUGUACCAACAAGAUCACUUGGCGUGGCACGGCUGGCAGCUCACCGAAGCCCUUGCGCAACUGCCUCGGUUCCUCUCGUUAAGCUUGUUUGGCUGGAUCAUGUUUGUCUCGGAGUUUGCUGGCGUCGCGCUCACCUCGGUGCUUGCCGGACUCCUGCCCCACUCGAACCUCGCGAUCGGUUCCAACAACAUCUUCCUCGGCUUUCGCCAAGUGUUUUUCAUGGUGUACAUGGGUCUCGGCGUUGCGAGCACCGUGCGGGUGGGCAAUGCCUUGGGUGCCAACGACCCGCACCGCGCCCAAGUCGCUGCGUUCCAGACAGUCGGCUUGUCGGCGUCAUGGGCGCUCUUGACCUCGAUCGUCAUGGCCAGCGUCCGCUUUGUCUACCCGCAGGCCUACACGACCGACCCUGACACCCUUGCGCUCGCGGCGCACCUCAUGCUCGUCAACGCGCCGUUCCAGGUCGUGUUUGGGAUUUGGAUGGUCCUCCUCGGUGUCUUUCGUGGCAGUGCCAAGCCGCACACGGGUGCGAUUCUCAACUGCCUCUUCAUCCUCCUUCUCGGGGUGCCCCUCGGGUGGUACUUGGCGAGUUCGUUGAGCCUGGGUAUUGAAGGUCUCUGGCUCGGUGCGUCGAUCGGCUACAUUGUCUGCGCGGCGUACGGCAUCUACUGGCUCUUCACCGUCAACUGGAAGCAAAUGGCUCUGGACGCUCAAGCGACCCACGAAGCCUAGUCGAUAGAUAGGACUAGCAUUACAAAUGUCCUUCCUUGCUUGCAAUAUUAACAAUAUUAAC